UAGCCGAGCCUUUUCAGACCGGCCCAGCAAAGUCAAGGGGCGGGGCGCUGUUCAGAGACGGAAGUAGCGUUGCCCUGCUCUGCGGCGCUCGGUUGCCAAGGUUUCCGACGAGGAGGGCGGGCUCCUGUCCUGAGUGGGUGGGUGAGCGAGGGGGAGCGGGGCUCUGCCUGCGUCCCCGGCUCGCGCUUGAUCUGGGGGUGCCCCAACCAUCACCAUGGCUUCGGCUGGGGCGGGGAUGACCGAGCGCGAGCGGGACGGCUGCCGGGAAGUGUUGGAGCUACUCCGCAACGACGACCUGAUGGCCUUGACAGAGACGGUCACCAACCGCCUCGUAGAACCGGACACCCGCCAAGAAGCCAUACGUGCCAUCUUGCUCUACAGCCAAAGUGCAGAAGAGCUGCUCAAGCGAAAAAAGGUCUUUCGAGAAACAAUCUUCAAGUACUUGGCAGCAAAAGGAGUUAUAGUGCCUCCUUCUUCUGAAAAGCACCAGCUUGUUCAUCAUGCAAAGCAGUACUGGUGUGAGCAGCUGAAAGAACCUGACUUGGAACAAAAACCCGUCAAUCCUAAUGAACGGAAACCUGAAAAGGGAGGGAAACAAGAUGGAGACAAACAAGACAAUGACAAAGAGUAUCAAAGUCUAGGAGAAGAAUUUUGUCAGUGGUUCUUUGAAAUACUGAACUCGCAGAACCCACUGCUCGGAGAAUCACAAGUCGAAUGGGGGCCGCAACACUUCUGGGAUGAUGUAGUGCUCAGGUUUUGUUACAGCACUUCAGAACAAAACACUGAAGAGUUCUCUGGUGCAGAAUUGGUGAGCCUCCGCUUACUGUCACUGGUGAAAGAAGAAUGCCUCUUUCUGAACCCCAACUUGAAUGCUGGUGGCCUGAAGUGCACAGCUUCACGACAUGGCCUGGUUGUGGUGGCAGUUGCUGGCACAGUUCAUAGAAAUACUUCUUGUUUGGGAGUCUUUGAACAAAUCUUUGGACUCAUCCGCUGUCCGUUUAGGGAAAAUACGUGGAAAAUCAAGUUUGUGAAUCUAAAAAUUGUUGGUCAGAAUGCUUUGGAACCUGGUACUGUUAUAGAAAGACCUUGCAUAAAAUAUGAGCAAGAAGAACUCCAGGAAUUCUAUGUUUCCAAGGAACUUGCCUUUGUUGAACCUCACAGAUUCUGAGCACUCUGGAUGCUACAGAAUGAAGGAGGAAAGUUUGUGGACCGAGGAAAGUUUGUGGACCAAGGAAAAUACAGCACAUGAGUGUACUUGAGCAUUCAAAUAACUUGUUUGCUUCUGAUUCUUGAGUCAAGCAUUUUGGUUGGAUAACAAGCUGAAGUAUUAUCUAAACUAGGGAUUGGCAGAUGUGGUUGCUGGACUGUCCCUUGGAGGGUACCAGCUGGCACAUUAUUUGCCAGUGCAGAAGAAAAAGGAAAGAUGACGAUACACUCAUCUUCUCUUUCACUUUUCCUUCCUUCCUUCCUUACUUAACCACAAGACAUUCGGGAGGUGGGUGGAAAGAAGCAUGUACCAGUGAGAGGAAGGAUGCAAAACUGAGAAGCAACCAUGCCAUGUCUAUCUAAGAGCUUCCUCUCCUUGGGUUACAGGAGUGUGAUAGAACGAUAAGAUUGUAAGGCCAUGAUUGCUAAUAUCUUUAGGUUGAUAAGAGAGAUCUAUUAUUGGUGACUUUUCCCUCCCCGAAAAAGUAGCUGUUCCACUAUAAAGAUGUACAAAUAGUGGCACAGUUAAGUAGUGCACUACUGUUAGCUGGAAAGUUGUGCACUACUGCUAGCUGGAAAUUUUUGUUUAUUUUUAAUUUGCACUCAUCAUUUAGUAUUUCUUCUUUAAACAUACUAAGUUUAAAUUUAAACUGCUGUUGAUCUCCGUGCAGGAAAUUUUUACUAUAUUCAAGAGUUUUAUGUUAAUAUCUUCAUCAAAAUUCUGCAUAAAUCCUACAUUUCAGGGUUCUCCAUAACAAAGUAUUUUUAAGUUGUAGAUGGUAUCUUCUAUUGUGUUAAGGGUUUUAUUAAACUGAACACACCUUUGAAAAGCAGUCUACAGUCAAAGCCUAUUGAAUCUAUUGCCUAAACUUGCCUAGUAACUAUAAUGCCAAAUUUAAAAUAGGAUGUUCAUGGGAUAAUCUGUGAAGCAAACAAGUUUCACUUUUCUGAAUUUGUGUAUUGGUUCCAUCUCCUAACUUGUUCUGCAUGAUGCCACGCAGUAAUUAGUGCAAUAUAGAAAAUAUAAAUAUGAAUUAGGAUAACUGUUAAACUUUUCAUUCCUUUUUUCUUUUUUGCUAAAGUUGAUGCACAUUCAAACUUAAUGGCUCUUGAGCAACUUUCUUCCAACUUGGGAUCACUAUGGACGAAACAGUUUAGGACUGCACUGUGACUUCCAAAUUAGUAAUAAAUCAUUGCUUAGAUUUCCCCACCCUCUUUUUUGAUGAGUGGCAGGAUAAUUGAAAAUAAAAAUGGUUGAAGUUCA